AUGUCUGCUGCCAGUGAACGGAUCUUCCGCAUAGCGAUAGGCAACAUUACACCAGGCAUGGACUCGAGGGAUAGAGAACAGAUCAGCCACUUGCAUGGGUAUUCUGGGCCACGAAAUCGCAGAGACGCUUCGUCUUCCACAACGACUCUAUGGAAGCAUGAAGCGACACCAAUACAAACACCUGCGCAGCAGCAAGCACGCCGUCAUACGAAUCCUUUGACCGGGCGAAUUAGCAACAACCUCUACAGCCCAAUAGGCAAUCCAACUGUUAGGAGGACAAUCCUCAACCAAUCCCACGACGAAACUUUCGAUCGAAAGCCGAAGCGUCAGAAGGUGGAUCCGUCUCCUGCUGUACCUGGUCUCCCAAAACACAACGGGAACAGUUCUCUAUAUGGUGCGGAUCAAAAAUCAUUUCCUGGUGGUAGCAGCAUCGGUGGAGCACUCGGAAGUCGAACCCAAGUGAAACCAAGAUCUUCAAUUCACAACGGAACCUUCAACAGGUCUGGGAUGGAUCGGGAGCAGAGUUCACCCUUCUUUUCAUCGACUACCGACAGGAAAGAUGUACAGCCUACUUUUGAAACCGUGUCUGAUGGGGACGACAAAGCAGAAGUCGCUCCUCAAACGCGACAAUCUUCUGACUCGGCCGAUCCUCUCGACUGCCUACCGCCAACAAGCCGCAAACGCCAGCGCGACGCAUCUAUACAACCGUCUAUCCAUCCGUCCAAUCAUUUUUCUACGAGGGACUCGAGCAAACGUCGGCCUGUGGCGCGUCUUGGAUUACUAGUCGGCGACGGAGAUAGCACCAAGCGGGUGCGAGAUGAAAUGGGUAAAGGAAAGGGACCGGAAGUCGUGAAUUUGGAUAGCAGUGAAGAAAGCGAUAUAAGCUCAUUUACCAGUCCACCCUCUCGGCAGAAACCUGUAGGAAGCAUAGUGGCUUCCAAGGUCAAGCUAUACGAGAGCAUGGACAAGGCCGAAACACGCGCUGUUGACCUGCGUCAAAGGCAGAAGCAGCAGGGUAUCAAGAACCGAAUGAAAGGAAAGGUAUUCUCUGUCUACUGA